CCGUAAACCUGCAUGUACUCAUCCUUAUCGAUUAUCCUUCAGGCGCACUCGCCCUAACAUUGAGUGGAAAAGUUCGUUUGACGGUCGUAGCUCGUAGCAACCUCGAAGCAGUGCAGAAAAAUGGUAUGACCUUUCGAAGCGACAAGUUUGGAGACCACAUCAAAGGCUGGAAACCCGAUCGGUUGAUCCCCACCGUUCUCGACGCUGUUGAUCGGAAAUACGACUAUGUUUUCGUCGCAACCAAAGUCGUACCGGAAGUCAUGACGACGGAAAAGAUAUUGGCUCCUCUGCUGAAUAAAUCCUAUACCGAAAAAUGGGGACAGCCGAUCUAUGUUUUGCUGCAGAAUGGGAUGGGGGUUGAAGAAGGGAUUUAUACCGCCACCAAAGCCGUCGAAUCAGAAGUUGGAAGAGGGGCCGCGCAUGAUCCGAGAGGGAGUUUGCAUGCUCCGACGAGGAUUGUCAGCGCCUGUGUCUAUUACAUGAGUAACCUAAUUGCGCCAGACAUAGUCCAGUAUGUCGAGGAUAACAUGGGUUUGGUCGUUGGUAUUUUCCGUCCUGGACAAUACACGACGACUCAUAAUAGUCCAGAGGAAGCUGCGAUCUUGGACGAACUCAAAGAUAUUCUGGAAUCUGGAGGAACAUCUACGACAAUCGUUCCCGAGAUUCAGCGACGGAAGCUGGAGAAAAACAUGUUGAAUCUAGCGUUUGCGACCGUUGCGACGUUAUCGAAUCUCCCUGUUACUUCAAUUUUUCGACCACCUCCAGAGCCUCAAGGGAUGCAAUACCAGUCAUACGUAUAUCCGGUAACGGCUAGUCUCAUCGCGGAGUAUACCAUCCCUAAUAUCAAGGCUGUGUUCAUGGAGACUAUUGCAGUCGGUAAGUUCUAGGUACUCUAGCUGCUACCUGGAUUUCAACACGGUCCUUUCUACAGGCCGUGCGCUAGGUUUCCCUGAUUCGGAAGAAGGUAUCCCUUCCAAUAACGCCACCAAGUUCUUAGAACUCGUAAGAACCAGCCAUCUGGAUCCAAACAACAAUCAUUCUCCUAGUAUGCUUCUAGACAUGAGAAACGGCAGACCUCUGGAAAUCGAAGUCAUUGUAGGAGAGGUCGUGAGGAUGGCGAGGCGAGUGGGAGUGGAUGUACCGAGAAUAGAGAUGUUAUACGGCAUAUUGUUGCUUGUUCAAAACCAGAUUCUGGGAAAGCUGGCUGCAGCGAAGUCCUUAGAAGGCAGCACUUCCAUGAUUAUUUGAACACCGUUUCCUUUUCGUUAAUGUCUGUAACUCAUGGACACGUGAACAGCGUCGAUACAAGGAAGUUGCGGGGGGGGGGGGGGGGGUUACUUCAAUUGACUUACUGACCGUAUCCAUAUCAGGAUAGAAAUGCGGGUCAUGGUAACGCACAUCGCAGCGACGAGAGCAUAUGAAGAUCGAUGAAAAGGACGGAUGCUCAUUAGUGUCGACUGACAAGACGAGACAGCUUGCGGAGCGGAGCGACCACAGAUACUGCCGCCUGAGGACAGAAACCCUUGGGAAGAGAGCAUCUGUUAAUGGUCUGCGUUGACCUCUCUCCUCCACGCGUCUCCUGGAAACGUCAAAAACUGAGGCCUGAGGUGCUGGGGUGCUAAUGGUGUUUUCGACACUUGAUCAUACAUCGUUCUCGUCGUGAAAAGAAAAUCAAACGCAGUCUUCCGGCCCUGCAAAAGCGGCGGGAAACAUCAGAGACUCUAGCCGAACGGACGGUUGACACGGCAGCGAAAUCUCAGAAGCUCAUCUACGGCUUCUUCACAAGCUGACUUUAUAAUAGUUCCCCAAAUCGUCCCUGUCGAUUGCAAGAUGUAUGAUAUCUCAGCCACUGGAAUGAUGGAGUUCUGUUCAAG